GGGACGUGCUGCCGCGUAGUCGCGGGCUCAAUGGGCGGUGGCAGAGCAUGUGUACUCUGCCGUGGCUCGCCCGGGACCCUCCAGCCGGCCAGAAGCUGAAGCCAGCAGCUGCGGGGACACGGCCGCGGAGGAGGAGGGCAAGGGCCGCCGGAGGCAGGCGGGGCGUCCCUGUCGGAGGCUGAAGGGCCCCGGCUUCGUGGGGGUCAUGGCAUCGCUGGCGGAGAGAGUGAGGGGCAACGGGCGCAUCGCCGCCGGGCUCCUGCUCAACCUGCUGGUGUCCAUCUGCAUCGUGUUCCUCAACAAAUGGAUCUAUGUGCACCACGGCUUCCCCAACAUGAGCCUGACCCUGGUGCACUUUGUGGUCACCUGGCUGGGCUUGUACCUCUGCCAGAAGCUGAACAUCUUUGCCCCCAAGAGUCUGCCGCCUUCCAAGCUCCUCCUCCUGGCCCUCAGCUUCUGUGGCUUCGUGGUCUUCACCAACCUCUCUCUGCAGAACAACACCAUCGGCACCUAUCAGCUGGCCAAGGCCAUGACCACGCCGGUGAUCAUAGUGAUCCAGACCCUCUGCUACAAGAAAACCUUUUCCACCAAAAUACAGCUCACGCUGAUUCCUAUAACUUUAGGUGUAAUCCUAAAUUCUUAUUACGAUGUGAAGUUUAAUUUCCUUGGAAUGGUGUUUGCUGCUCUUGGUGUUUUAGUUACAUCCCUUUAUCAAGUGUGGGUAGGAGCCAAACAGCAUGAAUUGCAAGUUAACUCAAUGCAGCUGCUGUACUACCAGGCUCCAAUGUCAUCGGGCAUGUUGCUGGUCGCCGUGCCCUUCUUUGAGCCACUGUUUGGAGAAGGAGGACUCUUCAGCCCCUGGUCAGUUUCUGCUUUGCUUAUGGUGCUUCUAUCCGGAGUAAUAGCUUUCAUGGUGAACUUAUCAAUCUAUUGGAUCAUUGGGAACACUUCACCAGUCACCUACAACAUGUUUGGACACUUCAAGUUCUGCAUCACUUUAUUUGGAGGCUAUGUUUUAUUUAAGGAUCCGCUGUCAGUUAAUCAGUGUCUUGGCAUGUUAUGUACAUUAUUUGGCAUUCUUGCCUAUACCCACUUUAAACUCAGUGAACAGGAAGGAAGUAAGAGUAAAUUGGUACAACGUCCUUAAUUGGGUUUUUGUGGAGAAAAGAAAAUCACCCCGAGAAGAUUAAAAAAUGUUAAACGUGCAAGUUGCUUUCAAAGAAGAAAAAAAAUUACAUUGCAGAAUUCAUUGAAUGAUGGUUUACAAGAAGUAACACAAAGGGAAUUUUAUAUGACUUUUCCAGUUAGAGUACUUUUAUUGUUAAGAAUUUAACUCAUGCCUCUUUUGAAAGGUCAUGAUUGUAUGAAGUAUGUAGGAUGGUUUGGUUAUACCAAAUGAAGUACAUGAAAUUACAGUUCUGUAACAGUGACAAAGGACUUCAUGUCACUAAACUACAGGUGUGUCCUGGUAUUUAAGUGUUCAUACUCCUCCAAAGAAGAACACAUAGGACUUCUCUACUUGCUUGUGGAUGGUCCCCAGUGUGAGCUCUCUUAUCACUUUGGCCAGCAUUCAAGUCAGAAUUUAAAUCUAUCAUUUCUGUUUUAGUUGGUUUAGUGUAACUUCCUGCUUAAUCUGCUUAAUUCAUUUGUAGAAAUGAAAUAUAAUUUAUAUAAAACAAAGUGUAGGACAGAAAACCAUAAAACAAAAUUGAAUUCCAGUGUACUGUUUUUCCAGUGGAAAAUUGACAUAAAAAGUUAUACAUUAUCUAAAACCCCUGCAGUUUCUAUAAGUAUUCUCUUCUUUUUGAGCUCUCAGUGAACUCUACAAAUGACAUGUGAAGUUAAAAAACAAAAUAGCUCCAUGUUCAAAUGGUCCAAAGAAAAGACGAUUGUUGGAAUUGGACAGGUUUCUUAUUAUCUUGGUAACUAUUUUCCUGGCCUCUUUGAGCCUUUCAUGUUGGCAAUUUCUUUUUUCUUCUUCUUCUUCUUCUU